UGUCCACCAGUACGUUCAGUAGCAGUUAAUGCGCCACUUUACGAUGUAUCCUUUUUCGUUAAAUGCAAUCUUAAUUAACGGAAUACCUGUUAAAAAGUAAUACUAUAACCUAAUAUAAUCUAUUUUAUUGCCAUCAAAGUUACGGUCGUAGUACGCGCUUGCAGUUCAGGACCCUCCCAAUGUGCCAGCGCGUAUUGUUUACUGAAUUCAAAGAUGGCGGCUGCCAAGCAGUAAAUGGUAGCUAUCUGUGGAGCGGAGCUAAUGGACAAAGAUAUAUUUCUGUGAACAGAGAGCCUUGAACGGUGACUGGACCACUGAAGAGGGACUAUGGCGUUUGAGGAAAUAAAGAAGAAAGGGAUGAUAGAAGUUUCGGGGAUGGAGGGGGACGUGGGCUUGGUGGCUGGGCGGAGUCAGAGGGAGAAGAGGAGGUCUUAUAAGGACCUGCUGAGGGAGGAGGAGGAGAUCGCAGCGCAGGUGCGCAAGUCCUCCAAAAAACGGCCCAAGGACUCUGAGCUCUUCCUAUUAGGAGGAGACUCGCAUAAGAAGAAGAAGAAGCACUCGAGCGAGGACUAUUUUUACAGAGACCUACAGGGCUCUGGCCCACCCCCCCACAAGAAGAAACGCAAGCUGUCCGACCACUCCUCCAGCUCCUCUCACCACACCCCCCACUCCACAGACACGGCCAUGGGACUGCUGCAGGCCAUCACCUCCCCCAUGGCCACGGGCUCCGAGCCCAACCCCCACCUGCACAAGAAGCCCUCCUACCCCACCUUCUCCUCCCACUCCUCCUCCAAGGAGCGCAAGCGCGAGGGGGGCGGGCCCGGCGGGAGCAAGGGGGGCCACUCCUCCUCCUCCCACUCCCGUUCCGCCUCCUCCUCUUCCUCCUCCUCCUCCAAGAAGCACUCCUCCAAGUCGUCGCUCUACCACAGCGGGGGCGGGGGUCACGGAGGUCACGGAGGUCACGGGGGUCACGGGGGUCACGGGGGUCAUGGGGUCCUCGGACACGGCGAGCCGCUGACCCUCAGAGAGGCCGAGGGGCUCAAGAUGAAGCUCAUCCUCUCGCCCAAGGAGAAGGCGGAGGGCGGCGGGGUGGCGGGGGCGGGGGUGGGCGCGGGGGCCAGCGAGGGGUUCCCCUUCCCGCCCCUCUCCUCCUCCUCCUCCCUCUCGUCGUCCUCGUCCGGCCUCCGGAAGGGCGGGCCCAAGAAGGAGAAGGACCGGGACAGGGUUCUGCUCUCCAAGGCUCCCAAAAAGAAGCAGCAGAACCGGGACCCCUUGCCCGUGGUCGGAGAGGAGGUGGAGGUUGAGGGUGAGUGUGGGCACUACGGCGCGGCGCUGGGGGCGCUGGCGGGCGACAGCUCCUCCUCGGCGGGCGAGCUGGAGGCCGGGGAGCUGGUCAUCGACGACUCGUACACCCACCUGGCCAAGAAGAAGAAGAAGAGCAAGAAGAGCAAGAAGAAGAAGGAGAAGGAGAAGGAGAGGGAGCGGGAGAAGGACAAGAGCGGGCGGGAGAAGAAGCACAGCCGCGGAGGGGGGAAGAAAGGAGCGGCGGGACAGACAGGGUCAACCGUCCUGCUCUCUCCAGGUGAUGCCUCACGGGGCCACUCCCACUCCCACAGCUCAGCCAAUCACAACACGACCGUGGGGAUUUACACCAUGACCUCUCCGGUCUCCUCACACCACCACGUGGGCAGUGACUUGCAGAAUGAAAAGAAGAAGAAGAAGGAGGAGAAGGAGAGGGAAAAGGCAGAGAAGGACAAAGACAAGCCCAAGAAGAAGAACAUGACCGCGUACCAGGUGUUCUGCAAGGAGUACCGGGUCAACAUCAACGCCGAGCAGCCGGGACUGGUGUUUGGGGAGCUGAGCAGGAAGCUAGCUGACGUGUGGAAGCAGCUACCAGAGAAAGACAAACUCGUGUGGAAGCAGAAGGCGCAGUACCUGCAGCACAAGCAGAACAAGGCGGAGGCCACAACCGUCAAGCGGAAGAGCUCCGGCGCAGACGCGUGCAAGAGCAAAGGCUCAGUGAAAGGGGCUGGAGGAGGCGGGGUUAUGUCACCAGGCCGGGUGUCGGUGGGUGUGUCCCUGUCCCCGGCGCGGGUGCCUGAGGUGGACCCCAUUGAUGCAGCAGCUCACCUGCAGCUGCUGGGGGAAUCACUGUCUCUGAUUGGCCAUCGGCUGCAGGAGACUGAGGGCAUGGUGGCUGUUUCGGGGAGCCUGUCUGUGCUGUUAGACUCCAUUCUGUGUGCUCUCGGGCCUCUGGCGUGCCUCACCGCACAGGUCCCAGAGCUCAGUAGCUGCCCCCGUCAUGUACUGUCAAACACCCUGGACAAUAUUGCCUACAUUAUGCCAGGGCUGUGAGGGCAGCUUGGACCACUGAGAGGAAGUGGCUGUUUGGAGCAUACCAACCCAAGAACAAUUGGGGGGGGGGGCUUUUUCCCCAUAAAAAAAAGAGGGAGUGGCAGUGUGAGAACCUGACAUGCUAUGAUCAAGCAUGGGGACAAUGGGGAGCUGGCAACAGACACACUUCUGGAUUUUAACUUGGUUCUUAACAUUUUUUAUACAUGCGUUUUUGUAAAGUCGUUUUUAAAAAUUAAACAGAUUUUAGGGAACAGGUCUUUUUUCUUUCAGCUUCUUUGUGUGUCCAGAUUUGACUAUUUCUGUGUGUGUGUAUGUGUGUCUGUGUAUAUGUGUGUGCGUGUGGGUGUGAGCGUGCGUAUGUAUUUGUGUGUGUGCAUGCAUGCAUGUGUGCACACAAAUUUUAAUGUCCUGCUGCAUUCAUUUUUAUAAAUACCCGUAACCCAGAGAGAAUAAACUUGGUAUUUAAGGAGUGAUAUUAUUUCUGUAAUGACUAAAGGCCGACGUUUUGUUUUAUACAUGUUGGAUAUUUCUAUUGAACUAAGAGUUGAGUUUGAGCUUUAUUUUAAAGAAAGAAAAUGUUUAGAAUGUAGAUAGGUGCAUAGGAAAAAAAAAAAAAAAUCUUAUGUGGUCAUUUUUGUAACCAUACAACUGUAAGCAGUAUUUUUAUUGCCAUUAAAAUAUUUCAGUCCUUGUA